CUUUCACUUCGAUCGUCUGAUUUGACCUCUGACACGUUGAAUCCAUUUCCACAUCUUGUCUCGGACAUAUGUACGUAAUCUAGUCACAGCCUAGACUUCGUGACCAUGACUAGCGACGACCAGCAUUUCCUUCAGAUACUCGGCGGCAUAUCGCGAGACAUACACACGUACGCCGAAGACUUGGCCGAUGCUACAGACCGACACUUUGAAUAUGUAGCUGCGAGCAUACGAGAAAAGCUCUCAGGGACCGGAUGGCUUCCUGGCACUGCCCGAUCUCCGCCUUCGCCUCCGCCUCGAAUUCUGAAGAACGCAUCGACAGGCUAUAUCGCAAGACUCCAAGAGUGGACCGAUAAGAAUCGCGCGCUCACAUCAGCCAUCAUCGCGUUCUUGGGUACAGGCGCGUUUCUGAUAUACCGACAACGAUUCGGGCACAACAAGAAGCGGAGGGCAAGAAGAGCUAGCAAUGGUGCAAGGCGUGAAGUUGUUGCGAUUGCUGGGCCCGCUGGCUCCCCAGUCACGAAGUCGAUAAGUUUGGAUCUUGAAAGGAGAGGCUUCAUAGUCUACAUUGUGGUAAACUCUACGGAAGAGGAGCAAAUUGUUCAAAGUGAAGGCAGGGUCGACAUCAAGCCGCUGAACCUGGACAUAGUAGAUCCUCUGAGUAGUCAGGACGCGAUCGAUCACUUUCGCAACAUCUUGAUGAGUCCGCAUCAAGCAUUUGCAGGCGCUUCCCCACACAACCUGCACCUCGCAGGUAUCAUCAUGGUUCCCGAUCUCAUCUAUCCAUCUGGUCCCGUGGAGACAGUGUCCCCCGAGCUUUGGUCGGACGCUUUGAACGCCAAAGUGUUGAACACGAUCGCAACAAUACAAGCAUUCCUCCCUGUUGUGUAUGAGACGAAGGCUCGGAUAUUGGUGCUAGCACCUGGAGUCGUCUCUUCACUGAGGCCAGCAUUUCAUGCGGUGGAGAGCACAGUUGUCAGUGCUAUAGAAGGCUUCACUGCGUCUUUACGAGCAGAGCUUGGGACGCUUGGCAUUCCGGUGUGUCUAAUGAAGCUUGGUACGUUCGACUUCAGCCACAUAGGGAACAAGAAUCAGCUCCGUGCAAUGAGCCACAAUCAGGUGCGGACAUGGCCUGCGUCUUCGAAGACUCUGUACGCUCAGAACUACGUCGCACAGGGCGCGUCAGCAGAGCGGACGGGACUGUUCUGCGAGAAUGGCAAAGGCUCAAAGGGGAGCUCUCUACGCGGCCUACACAACGCAGUAUUUGAUGCAUUGACGGCGAGCAAGCCUAAGCGUAUAUGGCGAGUUGGUCGAGGCAGCGUGGCAUACGACUUUGUUGGUAACUGGAUACCAAGCGGCGUGGUAGGGUACAUGCUCGGCAUCCGACGAAUGCCAGUAGAAGCCAUGACAACGGAGCCGCGACUCGAAGACACAGUGCAGUCAUGGGAGAAGGUGGAAAAGUAAGUUGGUGAGAGGGCACCCUCCAGCUGGCAGACUGCAUGGAAUGUAAGAUUAGGCAACGUUCCACUCUCAUUCACUCCUAGCAAGCGUAGACGACCAUCCCCUGUACAUAUUAAUUUGAGAGGACCUUAAUCGAUUCUCCAUCAGCAGAGCGAAUGCCUG